UACCAGGGGCCGGGCUCAUUACCGGGGGCCGGGCUGUCCCCGCCGGCACCGCCCCGUCCGGAGCGGGCGCGGCUGUUUACAGGUCCGUCAAGUUGCGUCGGUCUGCGAUAAAACUUAGUCUCAGAGCCUGCUUCUCACCCCUUCCCAUCCCUCUGUUCCUGGGGAGCUGCAGUGGUUUCACAAGACAUCUGAGGACACCUGCAGAGAUGUGGCCACUUUGGGGGCUGGACCUGAGCCGGGGGCACUGUGACCUGCUCUUCACAGAAGCCAUCAACCAAAGGAUGCAGGUUCCCAACAGGCUGAAGGUGGCAGAGAGCUGCAGCCCUGGGGACAGGAGGACAGGGACAGAGGAUGUCCCUGUGUCCUUUCGGAUGCACAUCCCUGAUAGGAUUUCUCUGGCAGAGAUACCAGACACCAGUUUGAGGCCAGUGCUGCUGAGCCAGCCGAGGAAGGUCCCCUCUGUGGUGGUGCACGUGUCCCCAGGCCCCCCUGGGGACGUUCCCUUCCUGCCCUCGGGCAGCAGAGGCAGCGCCCAGCGCCGCCGGCGAUCGGGCCAUCCCAGCAGCAGGUCACGGAGGGACAGGACCCCGAGUGACUGUGCCCAGCUGGCCUUGCACAGCCCAGGACAGCAGCACGAGGGGCCAGACUCGUGCCCCCUGCCUGCUCCCAGUGCCCCACUCCCCCUCCUCACCGAGGCAGGCAGGAUCUACUCCAUGCAGAACAUCUUCCAGACCAUGUGCCUGCUGGGCCAGGUGCUCUUCCAGCGUGUCCAGGACUCCCUGCGAGACCCAGCACAGUCCAGCUGCCAGGAGCCCAUCCCAGCUGCAGAGAGCGCCCUGGAGGAGGCUGGGGUGACAGAGGUGGCAGUGAUGAGAAGGCAGCUGGCCAGGAUCUCGGGGAGGCUGCGUGUGCUGGAGGAGCAGUGCCAUGCCUGGAGGCAGAAGGAGGCCCUGCUCUACUCUGUGAUGCUCUCUGCUUGCCUCAUCAACACCUGGCUCUGGCUCAGAAGAUGACAGCCCCUGCCUGACCUCCCCUGCUCACCUGGAAGAGGAGCAUUUCUUGUGUACUUGCAGCAGUGAAACUCUUUUUUCCUUGGCUAGGACUGCUGUCUGCACUGUGGGCCCUCAGGAAUCUGUGUCCUUCAUCCUUGAUGGCAGUGGAGGUGUGAGAAGCUGCUGUGAGGAGCUGAGGUCUUCCCAGAACUUGGUGGCUGGCACAGGAGGUGUCUGUUCUGUGCAGCUGCCCUCAGGCUGCCAGAGGAGAUGCAAACCUGAGGUGUUGGGUGUUUGUGGACAUGGGGUUCUGUUCCAGUCAUAGCCUGGUCCCCUGGCCACAUCCCACCUUGGACAUCUCAACUCUGACCCCAUAAAAGUUGUCAGCUGAUUGCUGUGGGCAAUUCCUCAUCUUCUCUAGAGUGACUGAGUGUUUCUAAACUUCUGCUGGGUUUUCUUCCUUUUUCAGCUGUUUGGUGGAGGUGGUACAGCCAGGUCUCCUGUGCCAGGAGUGGAGCUGGAGGGGCCAGGAGCUCCCAUCCCUGCAGCCACAGCAGGUUUGUUCAGUCCAGAGUGACUGUAAGAGCCUUGCUGACAUCUGGGCUUAUCCAGAGUCUCGAAGAGGUUUACAUGGGAAACCUCCCCAUGGUGACUCUGGGUUAUAUAACCUCAUGCCAACAGCAAUAGCACCAAACAGGUCAGGGAAAAUAGAUAUUUGUUAGGAGUGGGGGAGUGUCUCUCCCAGGUUUUACUGCCAGGCUGCAACUUCAGCAAUGCUGCAAAAACAUGGGUGAGGGAAAUCCCUGACCCAGAUGCUCUUUAGCCACAAACAAGGUCAGUUCAACAGCUUUUCUGUUUGUUUCCUUCUCUAGAGUUUAGUAACACUCAAUUCUGGGAUGACUUUGAGACGUUUUUGGUGGUUCAUCCAGCACAUCUGCUGGAGUUGUGCAUGCAGGCCCUGGGGGCAGGUUUUGGCAAGGCUUAACAGGACCUCUCUGUGUCACCUGUACCUAAUUAUAGCUGGAUCUACAUGUCAUCCAGAUGUCCCAGUAGCUUAUUUACAGACAUCAGUGCUCGGGUGUUUUCUGCUUGACACCGCAUCCAGCGUCCGUGACUGUGAAUCUGGCAGCUGGACAGUGGCUAAUAAAUAAAGUAAUUGCAGGUCUGAACCUGUGGCUGACUGCUGAGCUGGGAUUUAUUGGAGAUGAGAGCCAGGAUGGUGUGGUGGGCUCAGUGUGCUGUGCUGUGGCAGGGGGAUGUGCAGGAUGGGUGGCUCCUGUGGCCCAGGGAUGUGGUCAGGGCCACCAGAGGACCUUACACAACUGUUGUGUAUAAAGAGUGUGAGGUAAAUGGGUUUCUCUCCUUUGAGAGGUGUUUUGGAGGAAGGUGUUUGGGGUUUAUUUUGAGUUGUAUUUUAGGGUAGAAUGGAUGAAUUUGCAUGGCUUGAAGGUGUUUGGAGGAGAGGUGGUCAAACUGGACGUGUUCUCAUGGCAGGUUGUGGAAGAUAUAAUAUGACUUCUAUGUAAGGCAUAAAUUCUGGUGUGAAUCUGGAAACACUGACCACAAAAUGCAUAUUUUAAUAAACUCUGUGUGUUCUGGA